AAAGAGAAGUAAGAAAGAAGAGUUAAGACCAAGGCAUGCUUUGCGCUUAGAAAUUGAGUAAGAGAGAGAAAGAAGAUAGAGAAAGUGACAGUAAACUCAUCGUGGAGAAAGAGAGAGGUUGAUGUGUUUGGUGAAGAUUGUUAAUGGCGAAUCGGUCGAUGAGGAUCUGAAUUGGAGCUAAGGGAAUUUGAAGAAUAUAAGGCAUUGGGCUCUGUUUUUAAUACAGCUAAAAUAUAUAAGGAAGAAUCUUCUUCGAUUGGCCUACUCACUUUUGUUUUUAAAAAGCUUUAAAAACCAGUCUUGUUCCAGUUGGCCUUGUUUUUAGCUUCGUUUACCUCCCAAGAGUUUUAUAAAGGAAGAUUAUUGAAGCAUCAAACAAUAAUAGCUAUGGAGUGGCCUACUUUUUUGGAUGAGUAUGAAAAGCUCGUUUUCCGCAUGAACACUCCCAGGGUCGUGAUCGACAAUGCCGUUUGCUCCACUGCGACUCUAGUCAAGGUUGAUAGUGCUAGAAGACAUGGAAUUUUACUCGAAGCUGUUCAGGUUCUCACGGAUCUGAACCUUUCCAUUAAAAAAGCUUACAUUUCUUCAGAUGGAAGAUGGUUCAUGGAUGUUUUCCAUGUGACUGAUCAAAAUGGAGAUAAAUUAACAGAUGAAAAUGUCAUUAGUUACAUUGAAAAGUCUCUUGCUACCAUUCACUACCAAAAAUCCAACGAAAUCAAUGGAUUAACGGCCUUAGAGCUAACUGGAACAGACAGAGUAGGAUUGCUCUCUGAGGUUUUUGCUGUUCUAGCAGAUCUUCAAUGCAACGUGGUGGAUGCCAAGGUGUGGACACACAACGGUAGAAUUGCUUCCCUUAUCUACGUAAAAGACACUGAUUCGGGCUGCCAAAUUGAGGACUCGCAGAGAAUAGAAAGGAUAGAAGCCUUGUUAAGGAAUGUUCUUAAAGGAGACAACGAUAUUCUAAGCGCUAAAACCUUAGUUUCCAUGCCUGUCACACACAUGGAGAGAAGACUUCAUCAGAUGAUGUUUGCAGACCGCGAUUACGAAAGAAAGCCCAUCUUGCAUUUUCCAGAGGAUUGCCCUGUGGUGACAGUACAAAACUGGACAGAAAGGGAUUACUCGAUUGUUAAUAUCCAGUGCAAAGAUAGAUUCAAGCUUUUGUUUGAUGUAGUUUGUACAUUAACAGAUAUGGAUUAUGUGGUUUUCCAUGCUACUAUCAACACAUCCAGAGACAGAGGCUGCUUGGAAUUUUACAUAAGACAUAAAGAUGGGUCCCCAAUAAACUCAGAGCCAGAAAGACAACGAGUGAUACAAUGUUUACAAGCAGCCAUUCAAAGAAGAGCGUCAGAGGGUGUGAGGCUAGAACUAUGCACAGAGGAUAGGCAGAGUCUAUUGGCGGAUGUGACAAGGACAUUCAGAGAGAAUGGCCUAAAUGUUACAAGGGCUGAGAUAUCUACCUCUGGUGAAACAGCUCGUAAUUUUUUCUAUGUUACAGACGCAGUUGGAAACUCGGCGGAUUCGAAAACCAUCGAAUCAGUCCGGGGAAAAAUAGGGAUGAGUAACUUGAAAGUGAAGGAAUUGCCGUUGGUGUAUCAAACCAACAAGGGGAAAAGUGAAGAUGAGGCAGUUGGGGUUGGUGGGGCAGUGUUGUUAUCACUUGGGAGCUUAGUGAGGAGGAAUCUAUACAAUUUGGGAUUGAUCAGAUCAUAUUCUUAAGCAACAAAGGAGUUACUGCUAGACACAUUUACACAUACAUAGAAGAUUUGUCCCACUUUUAUGGCAUAUUAUUAUGAUAUAGAUAUUAAUAUAUAUUUAUAUAUAUUCUUUGCUUGAGGUUUGGGCUUUGUGUACAUAGUAAAGUGAAAAAGUUCCAAAAGGGUGGAAUUCGGUAAUAGUAGAAGAAGUGGAAGAUGUUAUAUGGUUGGUUGGGUUGGGUUGGGUUGAGUUUGGUUGGUAGAAAUUGAUAGGCACCAUUUUAAAUGCGUUUGUUUGAAUUAGGCAGAGGGAAAAGAAAGAAGGAAAAGUGUUGGUGGGGGAGAGAAUAGUGCUUGUUAUAUAUGUAUUUUCUUAUUAAUAUGGUUUAUUUGUUGUCAUAUGUAGAGAAAGAUUAGGUAUUAUUAGGGUUUAUACAGCAAAUUUCACCACACGUUUGUACAUAUAAUUAAACUUGUCAAAGUAUUAGUUCUAAUGGUUGACCUCAUAUUUUUUUAUUA